UUCAAACUUUGACGGCUCCGAUGUUGGACACGAGCGAACUCGCGCGUAUCAAGUUCGGUUGUCUACUUCUGUCCGUUGAUAUCUGCUGGAUAUCCGGUCGGAUUACUGUUUAAGUGAAAAAUAGUUAAACGGAACAAAAGAGAGAAAAUACUAUAUAAUAAGAAUCUGAGGAAAAACGGUAACAAUAAGCUAUCAGAAUGGCUUCGCUUUCGCUCUUGGCGAGCUACGAUGAUCUGAUUAGACGGACAAAUUCGUUGAUAAAUAAUUCCUGCGAAGAAGCAUUCCUGAAGUUUGUUAUGAAUCAAGAAGAGAUGAGACAGAAAUGGCUGGCAUCGGAAGAAGAAUGCCAGCGUCUUCAUGCUGCACUGAACAAGUCUCAACAGGAGUAUGCAAUGCUGGAAAGCAAGAUGUAUCACGCCAGAAGAAAGUUAGAGGAGGAGCAUCACAAGCGACGAGCUGUUGAAGAACAGAGAGAUCUAUUGGAAAAUCAAAUUGACACAGCAAGGAGAGUCUUGUUCAAUGACGGUGGAAAAAAUAUAAAUGACGAAACCAGGGAAAAACUACAGUUUUUGAAUAAUACUACUUUGAAUCGUCAAAGUAACAUGCACACUCUCAAUCGUCAGAGUAACAUACACAUUCCCGAUCUACACAUCGAUAAACUCAAUACGAUAACGGAAUUGGACAGAACUGGUUCAUUGUUGAGCGAGUGCAUAUCGAAGUCGGAGGACGACUGGGAAAAUGAUAUGGUGCUGGAGAAUCAGAAAACGCGGGAGUGGAAGCAACACCGACCCAGUGCGGAAUUCUCUAUUCCGAAGCAGCGUCGUAGCGCGUUGCACAAAGUUGCCGAACUGAACACUUCCGAUAAAAUAGUGGCGACUACCACGGUAGUCGUGCCGAAAGACGGUACGAUUACCGCGUCGUCCACGAUUGAAACUGUACCUGGCAAUGACAACGCGAAUGCUCAGACUCCUCAACGUCAUUCGCGCAAACGGCGUAAGAGCAGCGGGGAACAUAACAAAUCGAAAUUGUCGCACGUAGAUAAAGACGAACCGCCGGUAGACACAGCGCCAUCAGCACCAAAGGCUGACAUGCUCUCAUCGUCCUCGGAUACGGAAGAAGUUUACAAACCGAGUCCAAACAUCGGCGGCUAUACUUUAAAUAAAAAAAUGUCCAGGAAUCACAAUUUCGUGACAAAGACUUUUAUCAAGCGGGAAACAUGUAUACCAUGCGGUAAAAGAUUUGGAUUUGCACAAGUUGCGCAAAAAUGCAGAGAAUGCAGAUCUACAGCUCACACUGAAUGUAAAGAUUUGCUGCCAUUGCCGUGUGUUCCAGCGGGAAAUACACCUACAUUACGUGGAGCACCUGGCACCAUAGCCGAUUACACACCCGGAAUUCCACCUAUGGUACCUUCCAUAGUGGUUCACUGCAUCAGCGAAGUCGAAUUGCGUGGAAUGAACGAACAAGGUUUGUACAGAGUGAACGGAACAGCCUCGGAAGCCAAGAUACUCAAAGAGAAAUUUCUGAAAGGCAAAGGAGCUCCGAAUCUUUCCAACAUCGAUAUUCCAACCAUCUGUUCUACCUUGAAAGACUUCCUCAGAUCGUUGCGUGAACCGUUGAUUAGUAUGGCUGUGGCGGUCGAUUUGUCGCGCGCGACAACAAUGACGGACAAACAGGACGCCGACGCUAUUAUUUAUCAGGCCAUUUCGGAAAUGCCACAACCAAACCGAGAUACCUUGGCCUAUUUGAUGUUGCAUCUGCAGAGAGUGUCGAGCAGUCCUGAAUGUAAAAUGCCCAUCAGCAAUCUUGCGAAGAUCUUUGGUCCGACUCUAGUUGCGUACAGCUCGCAGGAGCCGUCCAUCACCAUGCUCAAUGAAACUAGAAACCAAGUCGCGAUAGUAGAAGCUCUGCUACAAAUCCCAUCCGAUUACUGGGUUAAUUACGUGAAUCCCACGAACACGAAUACUUGUACUCCGAGAACCGGAGAAUUGAAACACACGCCAUCACAAGAAUCGCUUCUCAAGCGCAGUAUUUCUCGAGGUUUCUUUACCACUCCGCUUAGUGGCAGUUCCUUUGCGAGAAGAAACAAGAAAUAUUUUGCCACGCCACCUUCCAAGCAAUUCUAACAAAAUGAGUUUACAAUUGUUAUUGUACUUAAUUUGCACAAAAGUAUUCACUUUGAUUUAAUACACUUAUAUAUUAAUAUAUUACAUUUGUCUUUGUACA